UUCUCCCAGCACAGACUUGAGAGCAAAUCCAGAGCUUCUUCCAAGAUGCUGCUGAUCCUGCUCUCAGUGGCCUUGCUGGCCCUGAGCUCAGCUCAAGGCUCAGUUUCUGAAAGCAGCAGUGAAGAGUUUGUGAGCACCGUAUUAGAUGGAACCAACUCAGACUCAAGCUCAGAAAAGGAUUUUCCCAAACCACCUCCUGGAGGACCACCACCUGGAGGACAUGGAGGACCACCACCUGGUCCACCUCCUAAUGAUGGAAAUGAAGAUGAGGCACCUCCACCAGUGCCACCUCCACCAGGACCACCUGCACUAGGGACACCUCCACCAGGACCACCUCCACCAGGGACACCUCCACCAAGACCACCUCCACCAGAACCACCUGCAUCAGGACCACCCCCACCAGAGGAGCAACCUGAGCAGAGUCAAGACUAAUACGCACCAUCCAAGUAACCUGAAAGUCAUUGACAGAGCAUGAGUAUGAAGAUACCAGUCCUUCAGAAAGCCAUGACAUUAGAAGAAGGAAGUCUGUCUUCAAUUUCCCAAUAAAAUAAUAAGCAUCUAGUUUCUAA